CAUAUUCAUGAUUUUUUUAAAUCUAUGAUUGUUUGAAACCGGACAUCCUGAAAUACUGACAAGUGCGAACAUGUGUUCCAUCUGAGAUAACACAUGAUUUUACGUAAACGAAUGAAAUUUUAUUAAUCAUAUUAAUAACUUUCUUAUACAUUUCGGGAUUACUUAAAUAAAAGCUCAUUUGUGUAACGAGUUACGGAAACGAUCGAAAAGUAACGUUUACGUAUAUAGUUAUAGUUAACUGCAUGUGUAAAUUCUUGGUAUACCCGUCAUUAUUUUUGAUACCGCAUGCGAGUAAAUAUUAAACUAGUUCGUGAUUGGCUUUUUAAUUAGAAAGUUUAACAGUGUGCUCCUAAUGUUACUCAGGUAAAAGUACGCAUCAAUAUCUUAUUGCGUAUAACGUACGCGUUUAUUCAAGAUAUUUGAUUCUUGUGUUAAUUUUCUGCAACCUUGGUUUCGAAAUACAGUCUCAAAGUUACGCUCUCUAGUUGCUGUUUGGCAGUGGAACAAUUAACUUAUACUUGUCGUCAUGAUACAAGGAGUGUCUAGGAAGCUUUGCAAUAUCAUGCAUAAGAUUACAACGUUUGCGGGAAAAAAUUAUGGAACGGCACAAAUAGCACCGUUGCAGCAAGCUGCUUUGAAGGAACGUUGUAUACUUAUAGAUAAGUUUGAUAGACCUAUUGGCCAAGCUACAAAAGAAUUCUGUCAUGAAAUUAACGCAGAAGGAAAUGUACCGCUUCAUAGGGCAUUCAGUGUCUUUCUGUUCAACAACAAAGGAGAGCUGUUACUCCAAAAACGAUCCAGUAAUAAGAUAACAUUCCCAGAUCAUUAUACAAAUACUUGCUGCAGUCAUCCAUUGGCAGAGAUUCCUUCUGAAAUGGAAGAGGAGAACGCUAUGGGUAUACGCAGAGCAGCUAUAAGAAGACUCAAUUAUGAACUAGGUAUACCCAGCGAUGCAAUCAAACCUCAUGAACUAUUUUAUCUGACGAGAAUCUACUAUGAAGCAAUGAGUAAUUCACGUUGGGGUGAACACGAGAUCGAUUACGUGCUCUUUUUGCAAAAGGAUGACAUCACUAUAGAUCCUAAUCCCGAUGAAGUGAGCGAGGUUCGUUGGAUGCCUAGAUCAGAGAUUAAAAACUUCGUAAAGACUAUGAUACCGUUAACGCCAUGGUUCCAUCUAAUGUACCGAUACAAACUGUUGCAUUGGUGGGACAAUCUACAUACUAUACAUAAAAUGCAAGAUCUCGAUAACAUAAACACAUUGUCGAAUUGAUUCAAGCGAGUUUACCACAAAUUCUGAUUACCAAAGAUUCGUUGCAUAUAUUGCAUUUUUGCAAACUGAUAAUUUUCUGUAAUUUAAGAUAAUAAAUAUUAAAUAUAUGGGAUCUAUUUGUACCUGUAUUUUUUAACUUGAAUAUAUUAUAUAUACAUAUUUCUAUAUAUAUUGUGCAAUACAAAUAUGGAAAAAAGCAAUUUUUCUAAUAUAAGAAAGUUAGAUGUGUGUAUAGAAAAAUAAGAAAGAAUUUGUGAAACCUAAUCUUUUCUCGAGAGCAUAAUAAAAAUAUAAUACAAAAUUUAAACACUUUUUGAUGCAAAAGAGCAUGCACAUAUUUUAUUAAGCAAUACAAUUGUAACUAAAUAAAUUUGUUACUAUAA